AAAACAUUUUAGCUUAUCUGCGCAAACAUUUUAUGACAAUUUGUUGCGGAUCAAGGGGAUACGUUUUAAGCAAGAAUUCAUACUAAUACCAUAUUAUAUUGUUCUAUUUGAUGUCAUAAAAGUGCUAUGAUCGUACACAAUCGGAGUGAUAUUGGACUUAUCAGAGUUACGGACCGCGGUAGAUAUAGUAUUGCAUCUUGGGAAUUUCGGUGUCUGCCCGUCUGUGAUGUGCCUUCUUGUCUGCGUCGUAUUUCGAGCCUAUCUGAUCCGGAACUGCUUGAGCUGGUUGGGCGCCUGAGUCACUGGAUCGAGAACUGCAUUUUGUGUAGUACAGUCAAUACAGUUUCUAGUGUUCUAGAGCUAAGCAAGCUCACUCGGAUUAACCCGACAGUGGGGUAGUGCUGUGCGGGCUCUGGUGCCGUGGUACUACGUAUGUGCUGCGUACUUCUAGCGGUCCGAGUCCCUUUGAACGGAAGCCGGUGAUUUACCGUUUAAGGUCGGUCGCCAGGACCGACACUCUGCCAGGAUGGGCGACAACAAGGACGGCAAGAUUCCUCAGGAAUCCAACGAGCAGCGGGGCAGCGGUGACGACUCCGAGGACGAGAGUGAGGUCUUGGAAGAGAGCCCCUGCGGCCGCUGGCUCAAGCGCAGGGAAGAGGUCCAGCAACGUGACAUCCCAGGUAUCGAUGCCGCCUACCUUGCCAUGGACACUGAGGAGGGUGUGGAGGUGGUCUGGAACGAAGUCAAGUUUUCGGAACGAAAGAACUUCAAAGCCAAAGAGGAGAAGAUUCGCGAGGUGUUUGACAGCCUUGCCCAGCUGGAACACCCGAACAUAGUCAAGAUUCACAAGUACUGGAUGGACAAGGACUCUGAGAAGCCCCGAGUCAUCUUCAUCACAGAGUACAUGUCCAGCGGCUCCCUCAAGCAGUUCCUCAAGAAGACCAAACGUAAUGUGAUCAAGCUGCCCCUGCAGGCAUGGAAGAGGUGGUGCAACCAGAUUCUCUCAGCUCUAAGUUACCUCCACUCGUGUUCGCCGCCCAUUCUGCAUGGCAACAUGACGUGCGACACCAUCUUCAUCCAGCACAACGGGCUCAUCAAGAUCGGCUCAGUGGCACCCGAUGCCAUUAACCACCACGUCAAAACGUUUCGGGAAAACAUCAAGAAUGUGCACUUUGUUGCACCCGAAUACGGAAGUAAGUCAUUCUCCAUGGUGACCCCGGCGGCUGACAUCUAUUCCUUCGGGAUGUGUGCCCUCGAGAUGGCAGCACUGGAAAUCCCCGGCAACGGCGACUCAGGCACCCAAAUCACCGAGGAUGUUGUCAACAAGACGAUAGAGUCGCUAGAGAACGUCCACCAGAAGGACUUCAUCCGCAAGUGCCUGCGCAAGAGCCCGCAAGAGCGUCCGACGGCGCGUGAGCUGCUCUUCCACCCGGUGAUCUUCGAGGUGCAUGCACUGCAGGUCCUGGCAGCCCACGUGAUCGUCAAGAGUGCCUCCUACCACCCGGACCAGCUGACGGACGAGGCGGUGGUGUCGCGCUACAGCCAGGCGGACGUCAUUGCCGAGAUCUCCCACCGGGACGGACGGGACGGCGUGGCACUGCGCAAGAACGAGGUGCCCAAGCUCGAGCUGGAGAAGCUACUGGAGGACGUCAGGAACGGCAUCUACCCUCUGACAGCCUUUGUCAUGUCGCACCAGCCAAUUGUGAGGCCCCGUGCUUCCUCCCCCGAGGUCUCAGAGUCGGUGCAGUCGGCGUCGCCGGAGCCCUUUGACGCGGAGACGCGGCGCAUUAUCAACAUGAUGUGCAACAUCAAGCAGCAAGAAGAGUCACAGAACUUUGUGAUGACCUUGCUGCUGCGGAUGGACGACAAAAUGAAUCGGCAGCUGACGUGUGAGCUUUCCCUGAAGGACACGCCGUCGGUGCUGGUCACGGAACUGGUCCACUACGGCUUUAUCAACAAGGACGACAGGAACAUGGUGGAGGUGCUGAUCCAGGACACGCUCAGCCGAAGUCACAUUCCGGGCAUCCCCAACCCUGGAGCGCCCCUCUCCGUCGGAGCGGCGUGACCCAGCACGCGAAAAGGCAGCUGUAAUCUCGACCAAAAGCAGAUGGGGGGCCAAGCGUCUUCGACCGCUGUGACUGACAAGGUCGUUCAAAGGUCGCGAUGCGUGCGCUGGUUUCUCCAUUGUUCCUCUUAAAUUUUUUUAACCUCGGUGUGGCCAGACACAGAAUGCAUUUAGUUUUUAUGUUCUGGCCGUUCUGGCAGCAUUGGGGCAGUCAAUAAAUUCAGUGGCGUAAUGUAUACCCACCCUUUUACUCCUUGUCGGCAUACGAGGCAUGUAUAUGUUUGUUUCGCGUCCACUUUUUCUGCCACUCUUGUAGCUGCAUGUAUGUACAAUGCUAGUAUCGUCUUGAUUAUGUGCUCUCUUUUUCUGCUAUUGUGUAGCUCUGAUAGGUAUGAUACUGAAUGUGAUAUCACUUUGUAAUUUAUAUGGUAAGUGCGGUGGAUUUUUUACGAUUGUCAAGCACUCUAAGCAAUGUUUUUUUAGUGAUGUGCUUGAUUUGGGGUGGGGAAAAAUGGCUAUUAUUUCUCCAUUAUUUUUUUUCUAUAUGUUAUCAUCCUUUUGGCCUGAGGUGCGUGCAUAUGCUAUUUCAAGUAUGCAGGUGUAGAUUGGUAGUGCAAAAACAACGCACCAAAUUGAAAAAUUUUACUUUUUUGGUUACAAAAGCCAUGAAGCAGUAUUAUACAAUUCUAAUUGAAAAUAAAUUCGAUGUAAUCGUGACAUUUGGAGUGGCUCCCUUCUUUGAAGAAAAAGGUCAUGGAAGUGUGAGAAUAAAAUAAAUGCUAUGGGAAUGAA